AUGACUUCUGCAGGUUUUAGUGAUGGUAGACCUGUUUGGAUUCCUCUUGAAUCAAAUCCUGAAGCUUUUAACAAGUAUAUUAAUGGACUUGAAGUUGGAAAAGUAGAAUGUGUCGAAAUUUAUGGAUUUGAGGAUGAAUUGCUUGCUUUUGUGCCAGGACCCCAUUUGGCGUUGAUUUUUUGUUUUCCAUAUUCUGAGACUUCUUACUCGUCUGUAGCUAAAGUUUAUUCUGAUUUAAUUGCUGAAGGGAAGGAUAAGGUGCCUGAAGGAGUUUUCUUUAUGAAGCAGAAGAUACAUAAUGCGUGCGGGACUUUUUCGCUUUUGCAUUCGUUGACUAAUAAUUUGGAGAGUAUUGACAUAGGCAAAGGAUCUUUCGCCGAUUGGUAUGCUAAAGCCAAACCGUUGGGUGUCCAAGAACGUUCUGAUUGUUUAUUCAGCCACACUUCAAUGGCACAAGCACAUAAGAAAUGUGCGGAAAGUGGAGAAACAGCAACACCUCCAGAUACUCAAGUUGAAUUUCAUUUUAUUGCUUAUCUGCAUUAUGGAGGGCGUCUUUUGGAAUUUGAUUCGGCACAAAACUUUCCUCGUGAUUGUGGACCUACCAGUCCAAGUAAUUUAUUGUCUGAUGCUAGUAAACAAUGCAAAAAUCUCAUGCAAAAUCUCGGGGAUAUAGCUUGUAAUGCUCUUGCUAUUGUGCAAAAGAAAGGUUAA